CUCAGUAAACAAAAACAUUGGUUAGAAUCAUUUGAAAAGGUUAUUUUUAUUCUUGAAAAUGAGUAGUUUUCAAAAAAGACGUACAACUCCAUUGUUGCCUGGUGGUAAGCAGUCACUCCAUACAGGUCAACAGCUUGUAUCAACUGGUAAUCCGGCCUUAGACCAUGUUUUGGGCGGUGGCUUGCCAAUAGGUUCAAUUGUAUUGAUUGAAGAAGAUAAAAUUGGUCGGUAUGCCAAAUAUUUGACAAAAUUAUUCUUGGCCGAAGGCACCGUUCAUAAGAAUGCAUUGUUUCUAACGAAUUUUGACAAUGAACCACAUGACACGAUAAAGAAAUUGCCACCAAUGGUACCCGAAAAGUCAUCAUCAUCGUCGUCGGCUACUCCAAAACCAACUCCCAAUACUGAAAAUGAUGAAAUGCGAAUCGCGUGGCGAUACAAUAAUUUGGAUAAAGUGGAUUCGGAACAAGGGGCUGGUAGUCAGAAAGAUGGAAAUAAUUUGUACACAUUUGAUUUAUCACAAUCGGUGGACAAUGGUGCCUUGGACUCUUUAGACAUCACAUUAUUCGGAUUAAAGGAGGCACAAGUGUCAGCCUCUGUUUCGACAGAAAAUUCAAUUUUCUAUAAUCCAUCCUACACGUCACUUAUUCAAAAGUUACAAGAAAAACUUAGCCAAUCGACAUUCGGCACAAGUAGUCAGAUGGCGCCUUCAUCAAAGAAAAAUCUUUUGCGCAUUUGCAUCGAAUCAUUUGGAUCGCCAAUUUGGUACAAUGAUCAUUUUUCCGAAGACAUUUGCUUAUUUUUGACGAUUUUAAGAGCGACCGUUAGAAUGUCGCUUUCAGUUUGUUGUAUUACUAUGCCAACGCAUUUGUUCAAGUACAUUGAUCAGUCGUUAGUUCAUCGGGUGCGCAAUUUAGUUGACUAUGCAAUUGAAUUGGAAUCGUUUGCCGGCUCAGACAAAGAAACAAAUCCCUGCUUCAAAGAAUACAAUGGACUAUUCUUCAUUCGAAAAAUGACCGCAUUAAAUGCACUGACUGCUCAUACACCUGAAACCUAUGAUUUAGCAUUCAAGUUGCGUCGUAAGCGAUUUGUCAUCGAAAAACUGCAUUUGCCGCCCGAACUUCAGGAAUCUGAGCAGCGCGAACAGGAUGAUGAGCCACUUUUAUCGGCUUUGAGCUGUGCAAGCACGAAAAAGCAUUUGCUUGAAUUUUAAAAUGUUUUUCAUUGAAGUUUAUCAUAAUAAUAAUGAAAAUAUUGUUUUA